AUGGCAAGCCCCAGAGGUUCUGCCGCUUAUAAAAAGAAAGAUGGCACAGUGACACUAUCACCAGACCAGACGUCCAUGGUAUGGACGCCGACGGCGGCAGGUCUAGCUGGAAUCACCAUUAAUAUUGCUGAUAUUACAAAUCUCCAGCAGACGCCAGAAACUGCGGAGAAGGUAAUGCUCAAGAUAUUCGUCAAACCUCCUGACGCUCCAGAGCCAGUCACACAUCUCUUCCAUUUUAACGCGCCAUCAGAACCUCGGAGUGAAGCAAACGCCAUAAAAGAUGUCUUGACCAGCCUAAUUGCGUCUCUAAAAGCGGGAGAGCCAAGCAUUGUAAAGGCCAAUGGCGCCACCGGCACGCCUGGCGCAAUGGCUAUCGCCAGUGCCGUUGCCUCAAAGCCGUCCGGGACUCCUGCAUGGUACGACGAUAACCAGCUGAAGAAUGAUUUCGAAUUACAACAAGCAUUGAUGAGGAAAGACCCACUGCUACUUCAAACCUAUGAGGAAGCAAGGCGCACAAAACCUGACACCACCUCAAAUACCCAGUUCAAUACUCAGUUCUGGUCAACUCGAAUUAAUCUUCUUCGGGCAUAUGCUGUUGAAAACAAUCAGCAGCGCGGUGCCUACAACGUCCUCUCGGUCGUAAAGCCCCGGCAAGAGGACGGCGAAUUGAAGCUGCGCAUCAGCAAAGAACAGGUGCAGCUUAUAUUUAGCCAGCAUCCCCUGGUCAAGAGGGUAUAUGAUGAAAAUGUCCCGAAACUUAAUGAGAGUGAGUUCUGGUCGAGGUUUUUUCUCAGUCGGCUCUUCAAGAAAUUGAAGGGUGAACGUAUUGUGGAGGCUGAUUCGGUCGAUUCUACCUUUGACCGAUAUCUUGAUGCUCCCAACUCCGACAUCCUUGGCCAGAGAUUGGCAGCAGCUCAUAUCCCGCAUGUCAUUGACAUAGAGGGCAACGAAGAAAACCAGGGUGGCAGCAAAGGGGGUAAUCGACAAGAUUUUACCAUGAGGCCUUCGUCAUCAGCAAAAGCACCAAUUAUCCGCACAUUGAACAGUUUGAGCGAAAAGAUAAUGGAAAAUGUCGCGCAGUCAGAUGUUGAUCCAUCGGCUCCAAUCGGCCUAGAUGAGAAAACGUUCAACGAAUUGGCCUUGCGAGAUCUUCAAGGCGGGGCAGAAGAGAACCGGAUAAUGCUAAACAUCAAAGAGCAGAGCCAGUUCUUCUCCAAUGAUAAAUCUCAAAUAUCCGUUGAAGCAGCGGUAUAUGCUAAACAGGAUCCAAAUGAGUUACUAAUGGAAUUAAAUACGGACCUCGACCCAGAGCUCAUGGACACCGACGCUGCUGGCGGACUUGAUCUUCGCACUGCGAUCGGAGUGAAUGAGGAGAGUGAUAGCGAUGACGAUGAAGAUAGGCCGCCCCACGUUGGUAGCAGAAGCAGCUUCAUCGAUGCUCAAAAACAAAUAUUUGAAGGCAUCACUCAGCAGCGAACGCGAAUGGACGGCUCAGAUCCCCAAGCAAACCUGUCUGGUCUUUCUCAGGCUCUCUUUGAUCGCCUUACACUUACGCACGCAACCACCACGGAAUUCUUACAUCACUUUUGGUCUGUAUUCUUAUGCGGCGACCCUGAUCGUGCUGGAGAACUGGCGAAGUUGGUGGAAACAUUGGAGAGAGCCUUGGAUCGCAUUAAUGCGGUAGCUGCGGAUGCAGAAAAGGAAAGGAACGAUCUGAUUAAAAGCCAGAAGCAACAAAUUAGAGAACUAUGGGAAAAGACUGGCAAAAAAAUGCAAUAUAAACCAGAGUUGGUUGGUGGGGGCGAGAAGGUGGUACGGGAGAUGCUGGAGCCUACGAUUUUCGCUUUGGAUAAAGCGUCGAAGGAAUAUAGGAAAGCGCUGGCAGCAGAGGGUGUUGAUACAUCGUGA